UCUUGUCUGCAGGAAAGCAAACGAAGAAGGAGAACCAGAAAUAAGUCAGAAAGUAGAACCCGCGCCACAUAUCGAUAAAGAACCGACCCAACGCGAGCACACAAGCUCGUUUUUCAAUAUUAUUGUCGUGUAGUUUCUAUAGUUAUUACAUUCACGCAUCGUUCAUUCAGCCUAGACUUAACACCGCCGCUUUCUUACGAUCUCUUGUCAGCGCACCUUCAAGCUAGCCCAGCUGCUAACACGGGAACGCGGAAACUAGCAACGCAUGCUAAGUUUUUUUUGUCGUUUGAAAAUGUGUAAAAUCCAAAUGUUGAGAGCGUUGGUGACUGAGCGACUAACGGUUGCCGUUGAAGAAAUAUUUGUAGUUUUGGAAAGAACGGUAGCGGAGUACGAGGACGAACUCUCUCGAACGAGAGCAGACAACGCGCGACAACGUCAACUACCAGAAGCUGUUAUCGAGCAUCAAGCGGAGUCACGCAAAGACUUCAGUGAAGAAGUUCUCCCGCCUGAGCAGCGAGAUUGGCGCUUCACGGUGGAACAGAAUGAGCCACAGCUGCCCUGCAUUAAAGAGGAAGUGGAGGAAUUACAGCCACCUCGCGUUGAUGACGAAGGCACAGACAACAUCCGUCUAGAGGAAAACCAGCUUGAAGAGUUGGAGGAGGCUGACGUGAGCAAGUUUACAGCGCUACGUAUGACAAAGACGCUGAAAGGUGAUGAAGACCAAGACGUCAGUGAAGAAGUUCUCCCGCAGCAAGAUUGGCGCUUCACGGUGGAACAGAAUGAGCCGCAGCUGCCCUGCAUUAAAGAGGAAUGCACAGACAACAUCCGUCAAGAGGAAAACCAGCUUGAAGAGUUGGAGGAAGCUGACAUGAGCAAGUUUCCAGCGCUACGCAUGACAAAGACGCUUAAAGGCGAUGACGACCAAGGUCAGAGUUCACAGCUUGCUUACAGUCAAAUGGAGAUGAAAGAGUUGGAGAUUCCAAGCAGCAGCUCAAGUCACUACACAACAACAGAAGCCGACUGUGGAGGAUCUGAAGCCGGCAGCCUCUUAACUUCGCAGUCCGAUAGUGACGACACAACGUCAACCUCCUCUGACACUGACGCCGGAGGCCGCCAAGCUGCCGUGACGUAUUGCACCGACCGCAACGACUUUAGAUGCACUCAAUGUGGCAAACUGUUUGGCAAGAAGUUGAAUUUGACAAACCACAUGAAGCGUCACACCAUGAACAAGCACUUUCAAUGUUCACAUUGUGCAAAGCUGUUUGUCGCCAAGAACGAUUUGAAGGUUCACAUGAGGAUCCACACUGGAGAAAAGCCCUACAGCUGCUCAGUUUGCGGCAAUAGGUUUUCUCAAAAGGGCACCCUGACGACACACAUGAGAAGACACACCGGAGAAAAACCAUUUCUGUGCCUAUUUUGUGGUAGACGAUUCCCCAGAAAGUAUACUCUGAUGAAACACAUCACAUUACACACCAGUUAGAAACUUUUACGUGUUUUAAAGACAUGAAGAAGAAUAAUGCAGACGUUAGCGAAGCACCGGUGUUUGAAAUUAGCUGAUUUUAAGGCUGCGCUUGUCCGUGAAACACACCAGUUUGAAACUUUUACUUGCCGUGUUGUGUGCCACUGUUAUUACUAAAAAAGACCUCUGCCUGUCUAUCCUGUUUUUGAAUUGGCUAGAAUAAUAAACCGUAUGUAUUAGGGGUGUAACGGUACGUGUAUUUGUAUUGAACCGUUUCGGUACAGGGGUUUCGGUUCGGUUCGGAGGUGUACCGAACGAGUUUCCACACGAACAUAUUAAGUAGCUGCCUAAGCUGAAGUCUUAACAAGCUGCACAGCUUCA